AUCAAAUUCAAUUAAUUUCGUUCCUUGUUUUUUUCAUUUUCACAUCACUGGAGCAUGCUGACCUGUGAUCCACACUAAAAACAAUGGCAAACUCUCUCUAUAUAUAGCUCGAUACCACCUCUGUUUCUUUGCUCAUCACAUAUCUGAUAUUUUUCCUCAUAAAAUGGCUAUGUUUGUUUGCUUCGUCUUCUUCUUUCUCGUUUCCUCUGCCACUGCUUGUGAUCGUUGUGUGCACCAAUCAAAGGCUGCUUAUUUUUCCCAAGCCUCUGCUCUUUCAUCUGGGGCUUGUGGGUAUGGUUCAUUAGCUAUAGGCUUCAAUGGUGGACACCUGGCAGCUGGGGUUCCAUCCCUUUUCAAAGAUGGAGCUGGUUGUGGUGCAUGCUUUCAGGUUUCUAUAAUACCAUCUUAAUUUUCUUCUCUUUUGAUAUAUUUGAUCCUGGGAUACAUAAUAAUGUCCUACCAUUGAA